GCCAUCUCCGCCUCCGAUUGGCUGAGGGGCGGCCGUGAUUGAUGCCGGGCUGUGGGGCCGGGGCCCGGGCGGCUGCGGCUGAGGAGAGGGGAGGUGGCGUGGGUGCGCGCUCGGUCGUUGGGGUGCUGUCACCUCAUAGCGGGCAGUUUGCUGCCGCUCUGCCCGCAGGAGCCACGGCGGAGGAGCGGUGUCAUUAAUUUCUGAGCGCGGCCGAGUUCCCUCAGCAGCGGUGCCGGUCGGGUUAGCUCGCUGCCUGUGCUGCUGAAAUAAUGUAGUGGAAAUGAUAGCCGAGCCCAACGCAGCCAGUAACCUCCCCAGCCACAAAGAGAAUGCUGUCCGUGAUGAGACCGUGCCUGAGUGUACCGCGCAGAACAACAGCUCUGUGAGGAAUGGCAACCUGAAAACAUCUAGAGGGAAACGGAAGGUCCGAGAACAGUGUGAAAACAUAAGGAGAAAUUCUUCCGGUAGCGGAAGAGUGAGCCAGCUGCAGAAUGGAGAAGUGGUUGAGGCAGUUACGUUGUUUGAAGUGGUUAGCAUGGGAAAGCGGGCCAUGCAGUCUGUGGUAGAUGACUGGGUCGAAGCUUACAAACAAGACAGGAAUGUGGCACUUCUAGAUCUGAUCAACUUCUUCAUUCAGUGCUCAGGCUGCCAAGGUAUGGUAACAGCAGAGAUGUUUCAAAAUUCACACAAACAAGACGCAAACAAAACUCCAUCAAACAGGAUGGAUGUCAUGCAAAAAAUGACAGAAACCUUUGAUGAGGAAACUGGAUUGCAGUACAAGAAAUUCAUCGCCUAUCCUUGGAUCCUGACAGUUACUUGGCCAGUGGAUGUGAGCAAUGAAGACUAUCCUGUGAUCAGAACAGGACCCUACUGGAAGAAGUUCAAGGCCAAUUUCUGUGAAUUCAUUGCAGUACUUGUUCAGCAGUGCCAGUGCAGCAUCCUGUAUGACAGCUACUUGAUGGAUACUAUCAUCUCACUGCUUACAGGCUUAGCGGACUCUGUGAUCAGAGCGUUUAGACACACAAGCACUUUGGCAGCAAUGAAACUUCUGACAGCAGUUAUAAGCGUGCAUCUGAACCUUGAUGUCAACAAGCACAAUGCUCAGCGAUUAUAUGAGGUGGAAAAGAAGAGGAUAAGUGGCAAGAAGACCAAUUACAGACUUGACCAGCUAGAGAGAAAAAGGAAAGAGUAUGAUCAGAAGCUUGUGGAGAUACAGAACAUGAUGCAUGCUAUUUUCAAAGGGACGUUUCUAAGUCGCUACCGUGAUGUGAUCCCUGAGAUACGAGCUACUUGCAUUGAAGAAAUUGGCAACUGGAUUAAAACAUACCCAGAUGUUUUCUUAAAUGAUAGCUACUUAAAAUACAUUGGAUGGAUGCUGUAUGAUAAGCAAGCUGAAGUGCGGUUGAAGUGUCUUCUGGGACUGCAGGGAAUUUACAGCAGAAAAGAAUUUGUUUCCAGGAUGGAUCUCUUUACAAGUAGAUUCAAGGAUCGAAUUGUGUCCAUGCCUCUGGACAAGGACCAUGAAGUAGCAGUUCAAGCCAUGAAACUCUUGAUGCUUAUGUCACAGAACUGCGAGGAUGCGUUAUCAGCUGAAGACUGUGAAACCUUAUACCAGUUUGUUUACACCACGCACCGUCCGCUUGCAGUAGCAGCUGGGGAAUUCCUUUAUAAAAGGCUGCUUAGUCAUGAGGGAGGUGAAGAAGUUUUGUCCAAAGGAGAAAAGAAGGUUGGAGCAAAGACUGACCAGUUGAAAAGAUUAAUACGUUUUUUCCUGGAGAGUGAGCUACACAAACAUGUUGCAUACCUCAUUGACAGCUUGUGGGACUGGGCAGGCAAAAUCCUGAAGGACUGGGAGUGCAUGACCACUCUUCUAUUGAAAAAUGGUGAAGGAGAUGGAAAAGCGCUGAACGAUGCUCAGGAAAGUGCUCUCAUCGAAAUUGUCCUCGCAACAGUUAGAGAAGCAGCCGAAGGUCAUCCUCCAGUGGGCAGAGGUGCAGCCAAAAAAAUUCUGUCGGUAAAAGAGAAGAAAAUACAAUCGGAAGAUUGUACCAAAAUUACUGAACAUUUUAUUAUGGUGCUUCCUCAGCUCUUGGCAAAGUAUUCAACAGAUGCACAAAAAGUGGCAAAUCUUCUGCAGAUUCCACAGUAUUAUGAUCUGGAUGUUUACAGUACAGGACAUCUAGAGAAGCAUCUGGAUGCUUUGCUGAGUGAGAUAAAAGACAUUGUGGUCAAACACUCUGACUUGUCUGUCCUUGAGGCUUCCUCCAGGACUUACUAUAUCCUCUGCAGUGAAAAAAUUGCCAUCUUCAGCAAGGUGGAUUGUGCCCGAACUCAGCUGAUAGAUGAGUUGAUGGGCCAGCUUAACCAGCUACUAGAUGGCUUCUGGCAGAAGGAAGAAGGAUUUUGUACGGAUGCAGGAGAAAUUUCCCGGAUGCACUCUGCUUUGAGAAGAAUAGCCGCUUUUCAUAAUGCCCAUGAUCUCACCAAGUGGAAUUUGUAUGACAAGACUUUAAAGUUACUGCAGUUUGAAAUGGAACAUGGGAGUUUGUCUAUUCUGGUGAUCCUGCCAGCUCUCCAGUGCACGUAUUUUUCUCUCCUGUGGCAACUAGCUGCAGCUGCAGAAAAUUCUGCCAAGAAGACUCUUUUGGCAUUAAGAAGAGAGCUGAGGCGUUUCGGUGAGAUUUGCAUGUGCUUCCUCCACCAUAAGGAAAAAGAAGUAAGAGAAAAGGCCUUCAUGAUACUCUGUGACUGGCUGCUGAUUUUGAGCCAUCAAGAUUCAAAUAAUAAUGAAGAAGCAGUAGGACUUCUGGAUUACCUUCCUAGCACUUCACUUCAGGAAAAACUGCUUUUCUUUAUCCAAGAACAUGUUUUUGUGGAGGAAGAAGAGGGAAGCAAAGGCCUGACGCAAGAGGAGGAGAGAAAGGACGAAAGCUGCAAACUUGACAACUUGCACAAAAAGCGGAGUCUUCUUGCGGCAUAUUGCAAGUUAAUUGUGUAUAAUGUGGUGGAGAUGACUGCAGCUGCUGAGAUCUAUAAGCAUUAUGUGAAGACCUACAGUGAUUUUGGAGACAUAAUUAAAGAAACGCUAAGCAGGACGAGGCAUAGUAACAAAAUCCAGAGUGCCAAAACACUGAUUCUCUGUCUGCAGCAGCUGUUUCAGACCCAUGCAGAAAGCCAAGACAGCAGUACUGGUGUGGACUUGUCUUCUGCUUCCUUCACAAAUAUGAAAGAACUCGCGCGGCGAUUUUCGCUAACGUUUGGCUGGGACCAGCUGAAAUCUAGAGAAUCUGUUGCCAUGAUACACAAGGAAGGGAUUGAAUUUGCCUUUCAAGGAGCUACUGGAGCAGAUGGAAAAUGCUUCCCUCCUAACUUAAGCUUUCUGUUAAUCAUCAGUGAAUUUUCCAAUAAGCUGCUAAAGCCUGACAAAAGAGUAGUGUAUGACUACUUACAGAGGUAUGUAGCAGAGCCACUGCCUUGCAGCCGAGACAAAUGGCAGCCACUGAUUUUGUACAGAAACUCCUUAUUGGCAAAUGAAGAUGAGGAGAGCUCUGUCCUUGGCAGCUCAGGAGAAUGGCCUCCCGUGGGCACAUCGAAGGCACUGUCUUUUAAAAGGAAAUUAUCUAAUGGGUCUUUGCCUGAAACCAGCCAUGCCGAAGCAGCAAGCCAAGAAGCAGCCAUAGAGAAUGCUUCCCAGCUUAGCUCUGCAGCAGGGAGAAGCAGGAAGAGGCUGAAAUCUCGGGAGAAGCACUUGAAGGAACAUUUGCCAUUGCGUUGUCCAGGAGGGCUGCAGAGGAGAAGCAGCAAAGAUGAGAUUAAGACAGAAGAUGUCUCAGUGCGGGGACAAGCAGAAGACACAAGUGAAGAUGUUGAUGUUGAUGUGGUUGGUGCGGACCAGGUAAUUUCAGAUCACAGUUUCCAGCGCUGAGCACACCUGUAUGUGUGAAGAUGAGUUCAGAACAAUGACAAUUAAGGAACUGAGAGGAUGAAUAGAAGUGAAGAACACGGCACCGUUUCUUUCUUCAGAUUGUAAAACUGAACAGGAGGGCUGCGAUGGCAUCAAGCAAGGCAGCAGGAGAUGUGUGCUGAGUCAAGUGUCCCCCUGUAGGCACCCACCCUGUGCCAGUUUCUAGCACUGUGGUUGAAUUCUCCGCGCUGCUGGUCAUGGGGAUUCCUGGCUUGACUGGUGGUGUGCUUCAAGGGGGGUGGGAGAGCUGUGAACAUCAUUAUUCAACUUCCAUCCUCGAAUUCUAUGCAGUCUUGGAAGAAAUUCCAGCCCAAGGAUUGGAAUCAGGGUACUAACAUACUUUGUCUUGAAGACUCUGCCCCAGCUCUGAUGUGAGCAAGCUUGUCUCAUCUACUUUAGCAUCUUGCUGGAUGUACUCCUUACCUUCUGAGGUGCCCAAGAUGGAUGGAUAUGUGUGUAUUUCCUUGUACAUGGUGAGCGCUGAGCUGGUGGGUGAUGCCAGGUGACUUGGAUCCAAUCAUCUGAAAGUAUUCCUGAAGGCCAGUGCUCACAGAAAUGGCGUUAGUUGCCUGUGGGGAUGAGGGCGCGUGCCCAAGAGACUUGAAUCAAGGCUUGUAGCAACAAAGAAGACAACAGUGGACCAGCUGAGUAUUUGCCUCUGGAAUAAAUUCUCCAUACACUGUAAUCAUGCGGUAUUUACUUGGAAAAUGAAAAGCGUGAAAAGACAAUGUAAAUAGGCUGUAAAUGUUUCCGUUAGUUUGGAAAUGAGCUUCUCUCAAGAGUGGUUCGGAGGCAGAAGGUUGGGGAUUUUUUUGUUGCUUUUGCUGCUCCGUGGAACUGUAUGCUGUUUUAAUCCAUAAGCUUUUUUUUUUUUUUUUUUUUUAAUAUAUAUAUAUGUAUAUAUAUAUUUUGGAUUGCAACUGUGUAAAAUAAACCACAUUAACCAUUGCUA